AUUUCAUUUUCAUUUUCACAUCAAAAUUCCAAUUGAAUUGAACCGAAACGAAAAUUCUAAGGAAAAAAAAAAGAGAAAGCCAUGAAUCCCAAAGUUCUCUUCCUCUUCGGACUUCUCCUAAAUCUCGUUUCCAAUUCGUUCCAAAACCCUAACCCUAAAACCCCAAAUUCGAAGAUAUCAAAGGCUCAUGUUGAGCUCACGAACUAUGGCUUUCCAGUGGGGUUAUUGCCGGCGACAACCGUGUUGGGCUACGCCGUGAACGACACUUCCGGCGAUUUCUCCGUCAGGCUCGGCGGCGCGUGCAAGAUCACGCUCCCGCCGGACAACUACAUCGCCACGUACUCCAAAACCAUCAAGGGGAAGAUCGUGAAGGGGAAAAUUGCGGAGCUUGAUGGGAUUAGGGUUCGCGCGUUCUUCAAGUGGUGGUCCAUCACGGGAAUAAGGUCCUCCGGUGACGACAUUGUUUUCGAAGUCGGAAUGGUCACCGCCAAGUACCCGUCAAAGAACUUCGACGAGAGCCCCCCUUGCGAGGGACAACACUCCUCUUCCUGAAGUAAGAGAUGUUAUCAUUAGAGUGAGCUUCUGAUUGUGAGUGAUAUUGAUUGCUUUCCAGUUGAAGUGUUACUAUAAAGGCAUGGUGUUCCUGUUAUUCAUUUCAUCAUUAAGCUUCAGAGAACAUUGGCAACAUAAUCAGAUUUGUGAUGUGCUAAUUAUGCUUUUGCUUCUCCUUUCUCUUAGUUUAUAUGGGACUUUGAAAAGGUCGAGCUUUUGUUUGCUUUCAUCAUGCCACAGUCAUCUUCAAGGUCUCACUUAUGAUUUUUUGUGGAAGAUUUCUAUUUUCUGGGGAUACUGUAUUGUUGAAUGUACUAGAGCAUGGUUUUUUGGGAUAGUCCCAUUGUUUACUCUUCAUUUCUAGUUGUUUUGGAGAAUGAGCUAUAUUUCCGUCCUUUUCAAAGAAACAAAGUGGUUUUUGAAGAGUCAAUGAAGUUUGUUUCUAAUGGAAGUUACUAUUUGCUAACCACAUGGUUAUGUUUUGGUAAAUAGGUCUCAACUAGGCAACAGUGAUGUUGCUUCCUUAAUUAUUUUUAAUUUUAUCUUUUUGUCUUCUUAUUUAGUCCACCCUAUCGGUUUACUUUUAACGAUUCAUUUGGGUAGGCACUAAAUGAGUAUUUAAUUAUUUAUUUCCUUUUGGACUUGGACCCACCCUUGGUUGGACAGUUCCUGUUCUGUUUUAAGUUCUAACUAGCAAUUACGAAAAUUGCGCAAGUAAUUUUAGCUUUUGAGGUGGUUGUUUUUGUGCCUGGUUUCAGUUAGUAUUCUCUUUACUAUAACUAUCUACAACAUCUUUUGACAUGCCAAUAUAACACCAUUGAGAUAGAUAUUCCUUUGAAUUUUUUUAAUUGGCUUGCCCACAUUAUGUUUACACCACCUGUACAAACAUGUUAGCUUGUGUUCUCCACCAUGCAUUGUUACCAUCAUCACCUCUUGUGCCAUCAGUUCUCCAAAUUACUAGCUCGUUUUUUAACAUAUCUGAAGUGAUUCGAUGUUUUUCUACAUUGGGUGAUUCAUUAUUCUGUUUUUACAUGUAACAAUUUAGAAGCUGAGGUGUUUAGAUUUGAUGAUGCUGCUGGUUUAUUUAGCUAUUCUCACUUUGGUAAUCCGUUGCAAUUAAUACCAACUGCAUUUGGCCCUUUGUAAAUUUGGAUCUUUGUUUGUUAAACUCUUAUUAUGGGUAUUUGUGAGUUUUGAUUUCGGAGAAAGAAGGUUGUGAAGUGAAGGACUGAACUGUAACAAUCUUUUUAACUUUUCAAACCCUUUUUUCAUCCUUUUUCUUCCAAAACUCUUACCUAGAGUUUUCAUUCAGUUGUGUGUAUGACCCAUGCUCAUUACCAUAGACUUUGCACCGAAGCAAACGGUGAUUGAAUUCAUAUUCAAUUUCUGUUUUAAUCUCCAACUUGUCUUGUAUUAAAAUAU